GGCUCGCGGAGACUCCAAGGGGCGCCCCGGGCGUGAGGCACCCACUCUGGGAGCACAGAGAACUCAGGUAGUCGGGCUAGAUGGCGGCGCGCAGCCUGGGCCGCGGCGUCGGGAGGCUGCUGGGCAGCCUGCGAGGGCUCUCGGGGCAGCCCGCGCGGCCGCUGUGUCGGGUGAGCGCGCCGCGCAGGGCGGCCUCGGGACCCUCGGGCAGCGCCCCCGCAGUUGCUGCAGCCUCACAGGCCGGCUCGUACCCCGCCCUGAGUGCACAGGCAGCCCGGGAGCCGGCCGCCUUCUGGGGGCCUCUGGCGCGGGACACUCUAGUGUGGGACACCCCCUACCACACCAUCUGGGACUGCGACUUCAGCACUGGCAAGAUCGGCUGGUUCCUGGGAGGCCAGUUAAACGUCUCUGUCAACUGCUUGGACCAGUAUGUUCGGAAGUCCCCCGAGAGCGUUGCGUUGAUCUGGGAGCGCGAUGAGCCUGGAACGGAAGUGAGGAUCACCUACAGGGAACUGCUGGAGACCACGUGCCGCCUGGCCAACAUGCUGAAGAGGCAUGGAGUCUGCCGUGGGGACUGUGUUGCCAUCUACAUGCCCGUGUCCCCUCUGGCUGUGGCAGCAAUGCUGGCCUGUGCCAGGAUCGGAGCUGUCCACACAGUCAUCUUUGCUGGCUUCAGUGCAGUGUCCUUGGCUGGGAGGAUCAAUGAUGCCAAGUGCAAGGUGGUUAUCACCUUCAACCAAGGACUCCGGGGUGGACGCGUGAUGGAGCUGAAGAAAAUAGUGGACGAGGCUGUGAAGCACUGCCCCACUGUGCAGCGUGUCCUGGUGGCUCACAGGACAGACAACAAGGUCCACAUGGGGGAUCUGGACGUCCCGCUGGAGCAGGAAAUGGCCAAGGAGGACCCUGUAUGCGCCCCAGAGAGCAUGGGCAGCGAGGACAUGCUCUUCAUACUGUACACCUCAGGGAGCACUGGAAUGCCCAAGGGCAUCGUCCAUACCCAGGCAGGCUACCUGCUCUAUGCCGCCCUGACCCACAAGCUUGUGUUCGACCACCGGCCAGGUGACGUCUUCGGCUGUGUGGCUGACAUUGGCUGGAUUACAGGACACAGCUACGUGGUGUAUGGGCCUCUCUGCAAUGGUGCCACCAGUGUCCUUUUUGAGAGCACCCCAGUUUACCCCAAUGCUGGUCGGUACUGGGAGACAGUAGAGAGGUUGAAGAUCAAUCAGUUCUAUGGCGCUCCAACGGCUGUCCGGCUGUUGCUGAAAUACGGUGAUGCUUGGGUGAAGAAGUACGAUCGCUCCUCCCUGCGGACCCUGGGGUCAGUGGGAGAGCCCAUCAACUGUGAGGCCUGGGAGUGGCUUCACAGGGUGGUGGGGGACAGCAGGUGCACGCUGGUGGACACCUGGUGGCAGACAGAAACGGGUGGCAUCUGCAUCGCACCACGGCCCUCGGAAGAAGGGGCGGAAAUCCUCCCUGGCAUGGCGAUGAGGCCCUUCUUUGGCAUCACCCCGGUCCUCAUGGAUGAGAAGGGCAGUGUCGUGGAGGGCAGCAACGUCUCCGGGGCCCUGUGCAUCUCUCAGGCCUGGCCAGGCAUGGCCAGGACCAUCUAUGGCGACCACCAGCGAUUUGUGGAUGCCUACUUCAAGGCCUACCCAGGCUAUUACUUCACUGGAGACGGGGCUUACCGAACUGAGGGCGGCUAUUACCAGAUCACAGGGCGGAUGGAUGAUGUCAUCAACAUCAGUGGCCACCGGCUGGGGACCGCAGAGAUUGAGGACGCCAUUGCCGACCACCCUGCAGUGCCGGAAAGUGCUGUCAUUGGCUACCCCCACGACAUCAAAGGAGAAGCUGCCUUUGCCUUCAUUGUGGUGAAAGAUAGUGCAGGUGACUCAGAUGUGGUGGUGCAGGAGCUCAAGUCCAUGGUGGCCACCAAGAUUGCCAAAUAUGCUGUGCCUGAUAAGAUCCUGGUGGUGAAACGUCUUCCAAAAACCAGGUCUGGGAAGGUCAUGCGGCGGCUCCUGAGGAAGAUCAUCACUAGUGAGGCCCAGGAGCUGGGGGACACUACCACCCUGGAGGACCCCAGCAUCAUCACAGAGAUCCUGAGUGCCUACCAGAAGUGCAAGGACAAGCAGGCUGCCGCUAAGUGAGCUGGCGCUUUGAGGGGCUCUUAGGAUGGGCGGGCACCCAGGCCCUGGCUUGUCCUUCCCAGAGGGUACCCCUGAGGUUGACAUCUUCCUAAGUCCCAGAAGCAGCCCCCACCCCACACAUGACCCACACCGCCCUCACGUGAAGCUGGGCUGAGAGCCCUUUCUCCCAUCCAUUGGAGGUCCCAGGAGUAUCACCCAUGGAGAGGCUAUGCAACAUGCUAGGGCUGGUUCUGUCAUCCUGAGUUUGGUCUCCUGGAAUGAAAAGGCAUUGCCGCCGGGCGCGGUGGCUCAAGCCUGUAAUCCCAGCACUUUGGGAGGCCGAGACGGGCGGAUCACGAAAUCAGGAGAUCGAGACCAUCCUGGCUAACCCAGUGAAACCCCGUCUCUACUAAAAAA